CCCAGCGCGACGACAUUGCCUCGAUACCGCUGCCGAGCCUGCCGCCCGUCGUGGGGCCGCCUCCUCCCUCGACGACGACGACGACAGGCGCAGCAAUGAAUCCCAGCCUGGACAUCUUUGGGCGCAACUCCUGGCUGGACAGCUUCUUUGACGAGUUCAUGGAGCUGACGGGGCCCACGAUGCAGCAGUGCCAUGGCAACAGCAGUGGAGGAGGAGGAGGAGGAGGUGGAAGCAGCAGCAGCACGAGGACACACGCCUUUGAUGCCGCGACAAUGACGACGACGGGCGCCUCGCCCAGCCAGUCGAGCGACGCCAGGCCCUCGCCGCAGAGCCAGACGAGCGUGCGGCCGUGGUCGGACUCGGUGAUUGACCGCACGGUGCGCUCCGACGACCUCGACGAGCUGCUGGUGCGCUGGAGCCCCAUCUACGAGACGUAUCUCUGCGCCAUCUUUGACACGUCCAAGCCUGCGGGCGAUGCGCCCCUGAUGGACCGGCUGAUGGAUGUGACGCGGACCGACAACACGUGCAAGGCGUCGAUGGUCGCCUGCUGCCUGGCCUACCGCGAUGUGAUUGAGCGGGAGCUGCAGUGCGCGCGGCCGCCGUCGCGCUUUGUGCGCUACAUGCUCCAUGGCAGUGGCAGCGACGGCGGCGGCAAAGGAGUCGGAGGAGGCAGCAGAGCAAGGACCAAGGGCGGCGACUCGUGCCAGCGGUGCUCGUGCCACUCGUCGUGGACAGAAGAAAGGCCGACGCACCUGGCCUCGAGCGCAUCGCACUUUGCCCAUGCCUGGCUCCGCUUCGCCCACGACGGCUUUGAGCGCACCAAGGCGGGCAUGCCCAUUGCCACCAAGCUGCUCACGCUCCUCAACAUCCGCUACGCCUCGGUGUGCCUCCUCGGCGCCCGCGAUUCUUUCGCCCUCGCGCCCGAUAUUCACGCCGCCCUGACCGAGGUCGAGGUGGACAUCGACUACCUGUACGACACGUACAAGUGCGGCACCACGCUCUCCUUUAUGGUCCAGGCGCUGGCCUUUGCCAAUGCCAUGGACGCAGCCACGAUCCGGGGCGCGCGCUCGGCCAUCCGCGACCACGCGCCAGCGUCGGGCUCGACGGUGCUCAGCCGCGACAGCGCCGUGAACCCGCUGGCAGACUACUGCUACGUGACGAUGCUCUCGGUGGGCUUGCUCGAGUGCAUCAAGCGCAUCUCCGACCUCGCUGCCGACAUUGACGAGGGCCGGGUCCUGCUCAAGGCCGACGUCGAUGCCCGCAGCGAGCGCAUCCAGGAUCUCAUCAUGGUGUGUUUCCUCUUCUCUCGAAAGCUGAAGGAUAUCAAAGCUGACGAAACCAAACCGACUCCCACAGACCAGCGACAUUGACCUGCCGCGCGACAUGUGCGACGUCGCAGCGCGCGUCCGCGCCUUUUCGCUCCACGAAAUGUGGCGCCAGGCCGUGCUCCUCCAGCUGUACCAGGACGUGCACCGGCUGGGGCCCGUGGCGAGCAAGGUGCAGCUGGCCCUCUCGCAGAUCAUCCGCCUCUCGGAGCUGCUGCCGGCGACGGAGCGCGAUGACCAGGCGCCUCAGAUUGACGUGUGGGACAUGAGCAUGGUCUGGUUCCUCGCCUGCACCGUCGCCAUCACCGAGGAGCAGCGUGCCGUGUGCCUGAGCCAGCUCGAGUCGCUUGGAUCCGAGUGAGUUGUCUUUUUGACAAGCCAGGAAUUCAUGAACUGACCUCUCCUCAGACGCGCCGUCCUCGACAAUGUCCACGCCGUCAAGGUUAUCUGGCGCGUCAUGGACGAGACGGGCCGCGCCGUCGACUGGCGAGAGGUCCUCGUCGAGCACGGCCUGACGAUCUGC